AUGGAAGUUACACGGAAGAAUUUCAAAGAGGUGCUGCCUCUGGUUCGCGAUUCAAUAGAAGCAGCAGACUUUUUAGCUAUUGAUACUGAGUUCACCGGUCUAAUGAGCGGCCGGGAUGUGUCUAUGUUUGAUUCCCCGCCAGAAUAUUACGCGACCCUAUUGAAUGGGACAGCGGAUUUUCUGUUGAUUCAAUUUGGUUUAUGCACUUUCUAUUGGGAUGAGAAGGAGAAGCAGUACAUGAAUGAUGCUUACAAUUUUUAUGUUUUCCCGCGCGGUCGGCCUGGUCCCGAUAGACUCUUUAUGUGUCAGAGUUCCAGUUUGGAUUUCUUGGCUUCUCAGGAUUUCGAUUUUAAUAAGCUCAUCCGAGAAGGCAUAUCAUACAUGACAGAACCAACAGAAGCCAAGCUCAGAGAGGAGCUGACUGAAAAACAAAAGAAGUUGGGUAACGAAAAGGAUUGUAUUCCAAUUCCUGACGAACAUAAAGUGCAGAUUGACAAUAUUUGCAAGAAAGUGCGUCACUUCAUAGAUUUUGAAAAUGAAGAUGAGAUGGAGAUAGAUCGUUGUAAUGCUUUCAUCCGACGCUUGCUGUUUCAAGAGCUCGGCAAGAGAUUUCACAAUGAAGUGUUUGUUGAGAGUAAGAUGCUCGAGAAUAAAAACAGGGUAUUGAAAGUAAGCAAGAUCAAGUGCGGCAAUGACCGCAUGAAUAGAGAUGUUCAGAAGAAAAACGAGGAAUGGGAGCAGUUUGAAGAUGCUGUUGGAUUCUCAAGAGUUGCCCGGAUGAUCAGCCAGUCUGGUAAGCUAGUGAUCGGACACAACAUGUUGCUGGACGUGAUGCACACACUGAACCACUUCUUCCAGCCUCUGCCCACAGAUUAUAAUACCUUUAAGGAAUUCACUCAUUGCAUGUUCCCGAGGAUUCUGGACACCAAGUAUAUGUCAAGCCUGCCACCUAUGAGCGACAAAGUGGAUUCUAGUGUCCUGACUCACUUGCUGGCUACUAUGUCCGAGGCACCGUUUUCGGUUCCAAAAGCUUUGUGCAAGCCCGGCCGCGGGUACACCCUGGCUGAUGACAAGCAGCAUGAAGCCGGCUACGACGCGUAUAUAACGGGCGUCUGUUUCCUCGCUAUGAUCAACCAUUUGGUUCGUAUGAGAGGGGAGCAGCCCGCCCGCCUGCCGCCAUUGGAGGCCGCUAUAUGGAAGCCCUUCAUGAACAAGCUGUAUCUCGCCAAGACAGCGCAUCAGGAUUCUCCAUAUAUAAACCUGACUGGACCUGAUCCUACACCAACUAGAGACCAUGUGUUUCAUGUGACAUUUCCCAAGGAGUGGAAGAGGAGUGACAUCAGCCAGUUGUUCAGCCCGUUUGGACAAAUAACGGUGCAGUUCUUGAACGACACUACAGCCUUCAUAGCGUUCUCCCGCCGCGACCUCGCCCGCGGAGUCCCCCGGGCCUUCGCCGGCGACCGACGUGUUACCAUUGUACCUUAUGUCACCUACAAGAUCCCCAAACUGGUAAAUAAGUCUCACUCAAAUCACUACCAGUUGGAUCGACGCGAGGAUGACAAAUAUAAGAAAGUGUACGUAAUGUUUAUAUCAAUAUUCCUUUCAUUCAUAAUCUACCGUCUAAUUGAAGAUAAUAUGUAUCUACCCAAUUACAUAGGCAUCUCAAAAGGUAAUGCACGAAAAGAGGCUCAGAAUAGUAGAGAGAGAUCAAACAGCAUCUCAUCUGUACCAGUCGCUAGGAAAAGAACGUCUUCUGGGAUAUUCAAGAUUGAAGAUGUCUGUUCUCCGCCAAAGAAAAUAGAAAAGGAAUUAGUAAAAGAAGAUAAAAACGACUUAGAUGAAGUUAAAAAAAUUGAAAACACAAACAACGUGAGCUGUGUUAAUGUUUUCAAAGAGAGCGACAGUUGGGAUUAA